GACAGCAAUUUGGCCAAUUUGCCGGCUACAAGAUGCAUAGUCGGCAAAAGGACGUCGGUGCGUGUGAAGGUGUCCAAAUUACUUUCGUUUCAGGAAAAUUGUAAACACUCAAGUGUGAAAGCAAAACAAACUCCAAAGGUAACCGAUAGCACACAACAAGUGGUGUGCCAGCGUACGUUUUAGUGAGAGUACUGCUUUCGAGAAUUUGUGUGUGGAGUUAUUUUCGAAAGUGAAUUUUUGAAAAGUGUAAGUGAAAUUGAAAAGAUGGAGAUUAGUGCAAAAAUUGGAAAAUAUAUUAAAAUAUCCCUCGAACAUAGUUUUAUAUGUAUUUAAAGCAUUCGAGGAAUUGGAAAAAUAUUAAGAAAUUUUUGAUAAUUAUUUACCAGAACCAUCUACAUUUCUCAUUAUUUACAAAAAUAUUUUAAAUACAAAAAAAUAAAUGUGAAAUAUAAAUAUGAAAUAUAAAAAAAUAAAAACACAACUUAUUAAAAAAAAAUUAAUUAAGAGAAAACUUAAAAACGCAAUUUUGGUUGUUGAAGCUCUCAGCUUUCAAUUGAACUAAGCGGUCACCAACCCAUGUAGUCUUCACAAUCAGUGAACUUCGCUAAAACGAACUUCUGCUUACAUCUUUACACUACAAAUUAAAGUCAAUCUAUAACAACGCCUCAUUGACUUUCAACGCGUCCAUGCUUACAUACCAUACAUACAAGAAAAUAUUAAAAUCACUUGAAUGAAUAAAGAACUUGCGAAGCUUUUAAUAGCCAACAACAAGGCAUACAUUAUUGAAGCGUAAAAGCAUUAAAACUCAACUGACAGCUGUCAGCUGUCCAUCGGCAGCAAAUCAGUCAAGCGCAAAACCCUUAACGAAAUUCAAUACCACAAAAAUGUGGUGGCAACGGCCAGCAACGACGACGGCGACGAAUCGCAUGACAUUGAUCAUCUUCAGCAGCGCAUUUUUGUUAUUCAAUUGCAUGGAAAUAGCAGGUGGGGCACCGGUGCGCAUGACAGCUGAGGGCGGUGAAACGAUUGAGCGCGACAAAGCAGAAGCGUUGACGACAAUUUGGCCUGCCAGCAGUACAGUGACGCGCGUGAUGAGUACUGCGGAAAAAGACAACAUAAGUACUGUAACGCCGAGUCAGCAGUCGAGCGCGCAGCAAAUGUCAACCGAUAGGCGCACUGUAACGCCACGAAAUAUACGUAAUACCACGCACACGUCAGCGGCAUACAAUGCAACCCACGUGCAUGCAGCACUGACCGGUCAGCAUACGCCACGCAGACUCACUUUUUAUGAACACUGUUUGGGGAAUCGCAAUUCAUUCCCCGAUCUGACCACAUUCAUACUCUACUCGCUCGUUUGCGUUGUCGGCAUCUUUGGUAAUACGCUCGUCAUUUACGUCGUGUUGCGUUUUUCAAAGAUGCAGACUGUGACGAAUAUUUAUUUACUCAAUUUGGCGAUCGCCGACGAAUGCUUUCUGAUCGGCAUACCAUUUUUAUUGUAUACCAUGCGUAUUUGUGGUUGGCGCUUCGGCGAAUACAUGUGUAAAGCUUAUAUGGUUAGCACUUCGAUUACGCAAUUCACCUCAUCUAUUUUUCUACUGAUCAUGUCUGCUGAUCGCUACCUCGCAGUUUGUCAUCCGAUCACCUCGACGAAAUACCGCACGCAACGCAUCGCUAAGAUUGUAUCGGCUAUAGCAUGGCUCACUUCGGCUGCGCUUAUGCUGCCGGUCAUACUGUAUGCGAGCACUGUUAGCCAAGAUGAUGGCGUGAAUCUCACUUGUAAUAUAAAAUGGCCUGAAACGUAUAAAAGGCAUUCGGCGACUACGUUCACGCUGUACAUAUUCUUUCUCGGCUUCGGCACGCCACUCAGUUUCAUUUUAUGUUUCUACUGUUUGGUCAUACGUAAGCUGCAUGCAGUUGGCUCAAAGCACAAGUCGAAAGAGAAGAAACGUUCGCACCGCAAAGUGACGCGCCUUGUGCUCACCGUCAUCACUGUUUACGUAUGCUGUUGGCUGCCAUAUUGGAUAUCACAGCUGGCGCUUAUCAACUCUAAUCCCAUGGAAAGUCCACUCUCACGACUUGAAAUACUCAUUUUCCUACUGCUCUGCUGUCUGGUUUACUCCAACUCUGCUGUAAAUCCGAUACUCUAUGCUUUUCUUAGUGACAACUUUCGCAAGAGCUUUUACAAAGCUUUCACUUGUGUGACUAAGCAUGAAGUGAACGCUCAACUGCAGGCUGAGCCAAGUUUGUUGGCGAAGCAAAGCAACAGCAAACAUCGGCAGAAGCGUCUGCUCAGCGCUAACGAAAAUGAGCCACAUUUUAUAGCAACAACAAGCGCAAAUAACAGUUCCUCGGUUACAACUUCUUCAACAACCAUAGCGCCAGCGGGUGAGAAGGCGUCAGCCAUGCUACUGGCAACUGCAACCGCGUCGACAGAUGUAACCGCUGGCAGCGCUACUGCAACCCUGCAACCAAAUGGACGCACAACGGUGCGCGCGGCGACACUUGAGGGUGAAGAGAUGAUACUAGUGCUUGAUCAUGAGCGUCCGAUGUGCGCGCUGGUAGAGCGCGAUGAUGUGAUCAGCAAGGUGCUGCAAACGGAUUUGUAGACAGCGGUUUUAUGCAUAUACUUUUAGGCGUUUUACACAAAACAUAAAAAUUACUAAUCAUAUGAUUGAUCGUUACUAAAGUUUUAUGUGGAAAUAGAUGUCAAAAUAUUGUUGUAUUGUUUAAGAUUUUUUACCUUUAAACAAAAACAGCACGUAUAUUUUCAAAAGUCAGUACUUUGGCACACAUUCAAUUAAUUUUUGCUCAAAUGUAUGCUUCAAAAUAUAAACUAGGUACUUAGUUUCAGCCAUUAGACCCGGUGGAAAUUUCGUGAAACACAUUUGUGGUACAAAAUUAUAUUAUUCUACUGCCGGCAUGAGAUUAUAAAUAAUGUAUUAAUUAUAAAAAAUCAUAAAAAAUAUAGUUUUGUAUACCAAUAACUUUUCCUAAUAAAGUUACAAAAAACCAAUAUUAAUCCAAACAGGAUGUAAAGCAAAUUACUAAAAAUUUAUAUAACUCUAAAACAAAAUUCAUUGAUAUAAAAUUUUUUUAAUGUGUAAUUUAUUUAUUUUAAUUGUAACCCUAAAAGUAUGCAAUAACCAGUAUCUACCACUAAACUUGCUGUAGAACUCAAUUCAUAUAUGUUGUUAUUGUGAUUAUUUUUUAUUUACAAUCCUAAAAGUGGGCAGGAUUUUUUCAUUCUUUUUUUUGAGGGUGAGAGGUGGUAAAACCCCCUCCCCCUCUAAGGAACCGUCGCCCACCCUGGAACCGCGUUCGCAUUAUUCCCUCUCUAGUUUGGUACAGCAGUUUUCUCCACACUCAGAUAGCUCUGCACCACAGCAUUGACGUAGUCACGGAUUCUAAAAUUUUUUCUGAAGCGUCGAUCAUGUCCGCCCAUAACGCGCUAUGGAAGGCGUUUCGAACGCUUCAAAUCGCCAAAAGAACUAUUCGCUUGUAUUUUGGGCAUCUACGCUAUGCGGCUUCUAAGUUUUCCAUGACGCUGCGGAUAGCGUCUAUAGUUGUCCUUCCGAGUCUAAAACCGUUCUGCCCAAGAGAGAGUCCGCCAGCUUCAUUGAUAGCCGCCUCCAGUCCAUGUUUAUUUAGUCUUUCAUAGAGCUUUACCGCUGUGUGUAUAGUGGGCAGUACGCUGAUGACAAGCUGGGAUACCCUUUCCCUGUUGAUUUCGUUGUUGUUUCUCGAGGUAGGUAUUGUACAAUGUUUUGAGAAUUUCUGCUGGCAUCCCGUCCAGUCUGGGCGAUUUGUAAGUUUUGAGCUUGCCAGAGGCCAAUUACAGUUUCUCGAGGGUGAACUGGGGGAUUUCCGAAAGUCUUAUAGCCGGUUCCGGUUUACUGACUUUUUUUCGUGCAAAACGAAAAACAAACAAAGGCAACAUCAUAAGACGAAUAUGUUAACACAUAAUGAAAGCAUAAAAUACUAGUUUCGAAACUUUCUCGUUAAAGCAACGAUGCCCGAUCAUCAACAUAAAUCUACAAAAUGUUCUGUCAAUCUCCCAAAUUUUUAAAGAAGACUGAAAGAAUACAAAAUUUUUCAAAAAUUGUAAAAUGUUAUUGAAUUCUAAAAAUUAUAAAUUAAUAAAAACGAAAACAUCUGCAAAUUCUUAAGAACAUAUAAUAAUCUUUAAAUGUAUAUAUGUAUAUUAAUUAAGAAAAAAAGUAAAAUAUAAGAUAUAAAAUAAAAAAUUAAGUAUGAAGUAUAAAAUAUAAAAUAUAAAAUAUUAAACACAAAGUAUAAAACACAAAAUAUAAAAUAAAAAAUAAUAUUUAAAAUAUUUAAUAUUUAUAUAAAAAAAUAUUAAACUUCAAAAACCAAAAACUUCUCGAAUCUGCAUCUGUCUUUAUAACCGUCUACUCCCUAACACAUAAACUUUGUAAUUGAAAAAUUUGCUGAAGAAAACUUUUUCGAAUUUGAUAAAUGUUAACACAAUAAAAAUGUUGUAAUAAAAAAUAUAUUUUGAGUUUAAACGAGAAGAUAAUAGAUGAAAAACCCGUAAUUUAUUGAUAAAAUUGUUGAAAAAAAGAAUUUAUUUUAUUCAAACAAAGCAUUUACGUACACUAUUGGUGAAAAAAUAUACUAUAAGAUAAGAAUAAACACAUUUUUGGCCUUUAUAAGAAUGUAAAAAAAUUGUAUAAAU